AUGGAUCAAGAAUCAUGGACUGCUUUUCCAUCUGUUGAUGAUAUUAAAAAAGAGUAUAAUGAACAUGAGUCUGAACUGAAUUAUGUACUUAGGGAUGAUUUGGUGCUACCAUUAAUAAAAUCGGAACAAGAAUCAGCCACUGAUGUAUCCUCCAUUCACAUUAAAGAAGAGUGCAUUGAGCUAAAGUGUGAACAGAAUGAUAUUGAAAGGGAUGACUUUGAAGGACCCCCAACCAAAGUGGAACAAGAACCACCAAAUACUACUUUGUCCAUUCAAAUUAAAGAAGAGUAUAGUGAGCUUAAGUCUGAACUGGAUUAUAUACACAGAGAUGAUUUAGAUUCGCCUCCUAUUGAAAUGGAUGAAGGACUACCAACCAAAAUGGAACAAGAAUCACCAAAUACUGCUUUGUCCAUUCAAAUUAAAGAAGAAUAUAGUGAGCUUCAGUCUGAACUGGAUUAUACACACAAGGAUGAUUUGGAUUCACCUCCUACUGAAAUGGAUGAACUUAGUCAAAUAGAUGAUAAAAGCUGUGAUCUUUUAGCACAAUUUAAUUUUUUUAAUGAUGGCACAACUGAAUGUUUAUCAGAAGAAUCACCAUUAAGUACAGAUCUUAGACCAUUUACUUGUGAAAUUUGUUCAAAGCGUUAUGUCCACGAACGGAGCUUAAAGCGUCACAUUAAGGACCCAGCAUUUAAAUGUAAUAUAUGUGAUAAACAUUGUAGUAGUCAGAUCAGUCUAGAUCUACAUAUUCUCGCACAUAGUGGUCAAAUGCCCUUUAAAUGUCACUUGUGUGUGAAACAGUUCAAGAGAAAACGUAAUUUGAAAUCUCAUUUGAGUUCACAUCUAGGUGUCACUAAAUGCAAGUAUUGCGAAAAGCAAUUCGAACGUAGAGAUAUUUUGCAAUAUCAUAUUAUACUUAUACAUAGUGAAAAACCUUUUAAAUGUAAGGUGUGUUCGAAACAGUUUAGGUUAAGGAAGCAACUAAUGUCUCAUUUAGUUGUACACAGUGAAGGUCCAUUUACUUGUGAUGUGUGUUCAAGAGGAUUUAGACAAAAACGCAGUCUAGAAAACCAUUUGUUGUUGCAUGCACCAGAUUUAGUGAAAACUGUAGCUUGUAACAUACCAAUUUAA